AUGUCCGAACCCCAGUCUAACCCUAAUGCUAAUAGUUCGCGUCGUCAUCAUCGUCAUCACCAUCGUCAUCACCAUCACCAUCACCAUCACCAUCACCAUCAUCAUCAUCAUCGUCAUCAGAACCAUUUAAGGGACUUUCAACAGCAAACAUUUCAGCAUCAUCAGUUCAUUGCUUCGAGUUUGAUACUGACUCGGAUUGAAUUCAUCUUCAUCAUCCAUAUUGAACCGGGCGAAUUUCGGUUCGGUGUCUUUGAUGCGGUCUAUCAAAGCAAAGAGGGCUUCAAAUGCUUCCUUCUGUGGCAUAGCCUUAAAGCAAGAGGCGAACUGUUUGGCACUCAUCGUUUAAGCAACUCGGUUUCCCGCAAGGCGAGCUCAGGCGCGGCGACACCGAGGCCCCUCCGGCCCUGUAAGAUGCCUGUUAUUUCUAGCGACGCCCGGGGUAAUUCUAGGUCGGUCGGCAUGCCCUACUGUCGCCGGGCCGAAACUAUCGCCAGCGCAUCAGCGCGACGUGGUCCGUCCUGGCGUGAUCGUGCGCCGGUGGGCAGCCUCGAGGGCACCCGCGCCGUGCCAGUGAACGAGAUGUGGACCAAGCUCACUGGUCUCGUACUCGACCACCUCGAAUUUGCGGACGUGCUACAUUUGCACAUGAUGACCAACUCCGCGAAGCCAUAUUUCGCCAGAAUCGUGAUGAAGAAACUGCUGGAAGAGCUGUGCAUGGGCCAUUUCUACGAGCCUCUGAUUCAGUGCGGCGUCGUGAGCAUUCAAGUGCUGCAAGACGAGGGGCUCAUCUCGAACGAUGAGCUGGAGAACCGCAUUGGCAUGGGCUUCGUACACGUUCGAAAGCUCCGCCGCCGGCUUCGGGCCUGUCUCACUCCUGCCACACCAAUCCCUGAUCCUGCACCAGCGGCGACGGCUCCCGCGCUCGCUGCCGCCGCGCCGGCGAGCCGCGCGAGGCCCAGAGCACCCGGAGCCCCCCCCGUGCCCCCGAAGAGCUUAUCUGUGACGAACGACCGCCGACCGACAGACCAACACGCCCACCAUAGAAACGUAGCUUACAUUCUCAUUUCAUGCUCGAGCUGCCGCAAUCUGGAUGAGCUACGACAGUACUGUCUCAAGGAGCCAUUCUUGCUAACAAACUUGAACGUCAUUGCAAGCUGCGUUCUCUUUUUUUGGCUUGUGUGUCAAAGUCUAUCACAUGCUUCAAAGCACAAGCUGAAACAACCAGGACGUGACAAAAGUUUGCAGAGCGCUGUGAAUACACACUUCGCUUUAACAAUAUUUAUCUUUACUGUGUACUACUCAUUUGUCUACAAGCAGAAUCACAGCAAAGCCCUCGAAAGGCAUCUGAAAAUACUCAACGAUAACAAGUUGUGGCUGUUUGAGUUACAAAGUGCCCUAAGUCACGGCUGCAUCAUAGUUCCGGCGAUAUCGGAGUUUUUUACCUCGACACACCAUUUUGUGCUUCAAACUCUCGCUUACGACAUCCCGCUGUUGAUACUCUGUUACAGCGGAUGGAACGCUUUGGGUAGCUAUAUUUUGCACGUGCCUAUCUAUCAAAUUUCUUUCUUCAACAGAGAUUUUGACUGGAGAUUAUCUGAUGCUUGUGUUAUCUUUUUUGCUGCCUACAUCUACUUGAGCGUGUUUCUCUCAGCCAGUAAGGCGACGCCGAUGGCGCAUCAUGCGUUAAAGGAUCGCCUCCUGGAAUUGGUUGAACUUGGGCAGACGAAUGCUGACUGCAGUCUCCCGCGAAGUAUCAGGCAGUCUCCCGCGAAGUAUCAGGCAGCCCGCGACCUACAUUUGCCACAUGCGUCUCCCGCGUAUACAGGUAUUGACAAACAGAUUUCACCUACAAACAGGGAACUACAAUGUAGGUAUAGAAACGGCAUCAUUAGCAAUAUAUAUGAGGGAAUGUUACCGAGGCACCUAGAUGGUAUUGUUACGCCAAACUGGUUGGCUGCUAUGAGCAAGGAGACCAAUCGUCUGCAAGUCAUGCCCUGGUUGCCAUAUGGGACAUUCUUUCCAUUAGCUUUCCGAGCACGACCUUGUUCGGUUGUGAUGGACGCAUCUGUUGAUGUAGUAUUUACACCACAUCUUGCAGCUUCGUGCGGACCGGAGGCCAAAUUUGUGAUAUGCGUCCGUGAUCAUAUCUCGGCUAUCCAGUCAGCGGUGAACUUUAUUUUAUUCCAAAUAGCAAGAUGGAACCAUAGCCCUAGUCUUCGCCGUUUUAUAUGCAGCAUGCAAGAUCCGUCUAUAUAUUCACAUGGGAGUGGUCUUUCAGAUUACGUGGACCUCUGGAAGAUUUCAUUUACGCACUCAGUUUCAGUUAUAGAGACCACCCUAAAGAUGGAAAAGCAAGCUGAGAGCAUUGGCAUUGUCCCAUUUUUUCGAGCUAUGCGGAUGUGCCCGGAGAGUGACGCCGCUAAGAAGUCGUUUUUGUUUCAUAUCGUGGCUCGUCUUAUCGCUCAAUAUUCAAUGGCGUAUCACAUUUCACAUUUUGCCGAUGCAGUGUCUAGGGAUAGAAUCUUGGUUGUUGAGAACGCAAUAUUGAAGGCUAAGCCUGAACUCGUGUUUCAACGUCUGGGUUCCUUCUUGAAAGUAUCUGAGAAGAAGAGCAAUAACCAUGAUACAAAGAUCAUUUACAAUAAAACCAAAGUUCCGAAUGCCUUCUCCUUUGAGAAUGAUGCCGCGUUGGCUUUGCAUCACCAUUUCAUUCGAGCGGACGAGGCCUUGAUGGACAAACUGAGGUCUGUUUUGGGCUGGGUUCAGUAA